AUGAGUUUCAGUUUGGAUUUUGUUGAACAACUCAAUAUUCCUGAAGUCAUGUUUUACACUACAAGUGCUUGUGGCUUCAUAGGGUACCUUCACUAUGGUGAACUUGUUGCUAGAGGAUAUGUCCCUCUUAAAGAUGAAAGUUGCUUUACAAAUGGAUAUUUAGAGGCAGAGAUUGAUUCGAUACCGGGGAUGAAAGGCAUUCGACUUAAGGACAUUCCAUCAUUUAUUCGAACCACUGAUCUGAAUGAUAUCAUGCUGAAUUACAACAUCGUGCAGCACGAACAUGCAUCAAGGGCUAAGGCCAUCCUUUUCAAUACAUAUGACGAAUUGGAAGAAGAAGUUCUGAAGUAA